AUGUGCGGCCUCGGCAAAUUCUUCAAAUCCAAGACCUACCCCAAAUCCACCGCGCCCUCCCUCUCCCCCUCUCCCGAAAUCCCACCACAGCCAUCCUCCUCCUCCCCCUCCACCAAACCCCACGGAAAGGCUUCACCCAAAUCCCCCCUCCCCCUCACCGGCAAGAUAGCCCUCAUCACCGGCGCCUCCAAAGGAAUCGGCGCCUCCAUCGCCACAAAGCUCCACUCCCAAGGCGCAACCGUAAUAAUCAACUACUCUCGCGACGCCGCGCCCGCCGCCGCCCUCGUCGCCCAGCUCGGCCCCUCCCGCUCCCACCACAUCAAAGCCGACGUCAGCAGCGUCACCGAGUCCAAGCGCCUCGUCGACGAGACCGUCUCCCGCUACGGCCGCAUCGACAUCCUGGUCCUCAACGCCGGGGUACUACCGAAUCGCGGCCUGGCCGCCACGACGGAGGCCGAGUUCGACGGCACCUUCGCCGUCAACGUGAAGGGCCCGUACUUCAUCACCCAGGCCGCGGCACCGCAUAUACCCGCGGGGGGCAGGGUGGUGUUUUUCAGCACGUCGCUGACGGCCGCGACGACGGUCACGCCGAAUUAUUUGUUGUAUAUUGCGACGAAAGGGGCGGUGGAGCAGAUGACGAGGGUGCUGGCGAAGGAUCUAGGGAGGAGGGGGAUCUGUGUCAAUUGUGUUUCACCCGGGCCGACGGGGACGGAUCUGUUUUAUAAUGGGAAGCCGCAGGAGGUGGUGGAUAUGAUUGCGGGGUGGAACCCGAUGGGGAGGAUUGGCACGCCGGAGGAGGUGGCGAAUGUGGUGAGCUUUUUGGCGGGGCAUGAGUCGGCGUGGGUUAAUGGGCAGAAUAUGAGGGUUAAUGGCGGCAUGGCUUGA